AGCACCACACAACCAGUCGCUCACUCCUCGAGCCUCAGCCAGGACAGGAUGCCUCACUGUGUUUUUAUUCAUUUGCCUUGACUAGUCCUGACUAAUUAUUUAAAAUUCCUCAGUGGUUAAGGUAUUUGGGAACAUGUUGUGAGGCAUUAGAAAAUGGACAUCAAACCACAGUGUUUUACUAUUGAGUCAUAACUGACAUAUGUGGCUUUUCCAGCAAAUGCAGUGACAGUUUUUGUGUACUGCAGCUCGGUGACAGUUUUCUUCACGGUAAUAAAGGUGAUCAGCUACCGUUUGCACCUUAUGUUUGAUAAAGGCGAAGUAAUUCAACAAAAGCUCCCAAGAAAAAAUGGAAGGCAAAGUAAAGAUACAGAGAUUCAAAAAGGAGAAGCGGUUCAGUCCUCAAAUUGUAGCAAUAACUCGGGGGAUCAUGUCGUCGGUGAGACCAGCCAGAAUGACUCUACCCAGACAAUUCCUGACAGUUCCAGAGUGCAGGCUCCACACUCACAGGACUCACCUGGAGCCACGGACCUGCCAACACGGGAAACUAUUGAAGAUCUUAGAGGUGUUAUGGUACUAGAAGACCAGGCUACACCACCAGUUUCAUCUACCUCACCCUGUAACAAAGCAGAUAUAUUACCUGUUUCUACCACCUCUGGUUCAGGUGUCACCACAUCAGCAAUAGCAACAAAACCAGCUGCUAUGGAAACAUUUCCUGGUGAUGGAGUGAAUGGACAGCCUUGUGGCCACCAUGGAUCCCAAGAUAUUCUUGUGGACAGAGACGUAGCUAAAAACUUCUCCAAUAUUUCUUCAUCACAAGGUGAUAUUUUAAGGACUGGAGUUUCUUCAGAGCCAUGGGACAGUGAAAAUUCAGUUAUUUCAGACCAUUUAAGUAAUCCUAAAAGCUACAAAAGAGAGAAAUUGCCAGAUGGAUCACUACAGGCAGGCUUUACUAGCAGCUGCCCACAGUGCAAUGCCAUUGCAACCAAAGAGCACGAGCAGAUAGAAAAUUCUUGCAGUGCUGGUAAUAGCCAUGAGGAUCUUGAUUGCUCAAACAGUGAGACUGCUGUUGCAGUUUUGGACAAUUCUCUUCCUGGAGAGCAGCUGUGUGAACCCAUUAAAAUUGUCAUCACAAUGAGUACUACACCAAACACCACCCUCAGUGACCUGCCAGGCUCUGUCCACUUACAAGCCCUGGAAAGUGAGAGAACAAGCUCAGCCCUUGACUCUGGUGUAGUUAGGGCAGGCUGGUCAAGUCAGCAAACUAAUGAACAGCUCAGAAUCCCUGUUAUCACAUUUGACCUAUCUGAUGACAGUAAAGCUAAGCCUUGCUCAGAAGUUAGUGAAAGUGACAGAACUCCAGAAAUGUUGAGGGCAGAGCUGUCAUCCAACCAAUGCUCUGGCUAUGAAUCGGGUGAUGCAGUAAAGGACCUCAGCAACCCAGCAAAUACACCUCUAGAAACUAACACUUGUUCAGAUCCAAAUCAUGAAAAUGCUGUGGAAAAUGUCCAGACUGUGGAUUUAAGUUCUAAGGAAGACCUGCAUAACCUGGAUCCGCAGUCCUGUAGAACUGCUCACGAAAAGAGGCACAUGCGGGUGUUGAGCGUAGACAGCGGGACAGAUGUGCUUUUAAGUAAGAAUUCUGUGGAGGUAUCUGACAAAGAAAAGACCUUACCAACCUCUAAAUCGGAUCUAGAAGCUAAAGAAGGUCAGAUGCCCAAUGAAUCUAAUUUUCUAGAAUUUGUGUCCCUCUUGGAAUCUAUUAACACCUCAAAGAUGAAGACAUCUAAUCAAUCCACUGUCAAAAUGGAGACGACAAAGGAAAAUGGGCUUGUUGGAGGUUGGGAUGGUAAUUAUUUUGGUGAGAAAUAUGGCUUAGGAUAUGGAAUUUUCAGUGGGGCAAAAUUUCUGGUUUUUUUCCUUGAUCUGCAGUGUUUAAACAGCAGAUAUUCCAGGAAGUCUGGCCAGAUGACGGAGAGAAAAGAAGAAAUGGUGGGAACAGAAAAGCACUGUGAGCAACUUCCUAAACAGGAAAGAUCAGAUGUACAAAGCCAAGAUCGUGCUAGUACUAGUCCGGUGCUACCAGAGUCUGCCAAAUUUGCAGCACUUUACCAGGGCAGCAGGCAAAGGCAGAUAAUCUACCGAGUAACUUCUCAGCAAGACAGUUCUGUCUUGCAAGUAAUAAGUGGACCUGAGGCAUCUGUGCAAGAUGAGCUCUCCGUGGAUGCAAUGCAUGUGUUCAUAGAUGAAAACGGGGAAAUUAGAUCCUGCUAUUUAAAAGCUGGCUGUCAGAAGGAAGGAAAUUUUAGACAUCAGCUAUCAAAUUGUGAUUGUAUGUCAAAUGCUCAUGAAAUACAGUUCAGCUCCUCCAGUACUACCACUUCAGAGAGCCAAGAACCAUCUUCUGGAGAUCAAGCAGCCAGUGCACUUCAUCAGCAGCUCUUAUUGAUGGUGGCCAGAAGGACCCUUUCAGAAAACCCACGGCAGCCUAGCCAGGACCCUGAGGAUUCUUCAUGUUCUUCAGCACAGCGGAAGCUGAACAGGCAGUUUUACAGAUUUGUUAUAUUCCCUGGCAAGUGGAUUAAAGUCUGGUAUGAUCGUCUUACCUUGCUGGCAUUGUUGGACAGGACAGAAGAUAUAAAGGAAAAUGUGUUUGCUGUCCUUCUAGUAGUUCUUGUUUCACUUCUUGGAUUCCUGACUCUGAACCAAGGCUUCUGUAAAGACAUUUGGGUUCUGUUGUUCUGUCUUGUAAUGGCCAGCUGCCAGUAUUCUCUCCUCAAGAGUGUUCAGCCUGAUCCUGCUUCGCCAAUACAUGGACACAAUAAAAUCAUAAUCUACAGCAGACCUGUAUAUUUUUGUAUAUUGUGUGGCCUUAUUUUGCUGCUAGAUGCUGGGUCCAAAGACACAAAUCCUCCUGUUUAUACGAUGUAUGGCCUGAAGCUCUUCUCCCCCAGAUCUCUCCAGUCAGCCAGAGACCAUGUAAUAGUGUUUUUAUAUUGCUUUCCCGCAAUUUCUCUUCUUGGACUUUUCCCUCAAAUCAAUACCUUCUGCAUAUAUCUUUUGGAACAAAUAGAUAUGUUGCUUUUUGGUGGUUCUGCUGCUGCUGGGUUCGUGUCUGCACUGUACAGCAUUUCCCGAAGCUUUAUUGUUCUGAUUGUCCUAUAUGCCUUCUGCUUCAGUGCAGUGAAGGAACCGUGGGAUGCACAGCACAUUCCAGCGCUGUUCUCUGCUUUCUGUGGUCUGCUAGUUGCACUUUCUUAUCACCUCAGCAGACAGAGCAGUGACCCAUCUGUGCUGAUGUCCCUUAUUCAGUGUAAAUAUGUCCCUCACUACCUACGCCAACGGUUUGAAGAUUCGUCAGAAGAUCCACUCCCAGAAAAAAUGAGAGAAUCAGUGAAAGAAAUCUUGAAAUCGGAUCUCAUUGUCUGCACAGCAGUUGCUGUUCUGUCAUUUGCUGUCAGUGCCAGUACUGUGUUUCUGUCAUUACGGCCAUUUCUCAGCAUUGUCCUGUUUGCUUUAGCAUGGACAGUGGGAUUUGUAACACAUUACAUCCUUCCCCAGCUCCGCAAGCAUCACCCCUGGCUGUGGAUCUCCCACCCCAUCCUUAAAAGCAAAGAGCACCAGCAGCGGGAAGUGAGAGAUGCUGCUCAUUUGAUGUGGUUUGAAAGGCUUUACGUGUGGCUACAGUGCUUUGAGAAAUACAUUUUAUAUCCAGCCAUAAUACUGAAUGCACUCACCAUUGAUGCUUUCUCAAUUAGUAAAUACAAGAAGCUUGGUACACACUGUGACAUUAUCCUGAUAACAGUUGCUGGAAUGAAACUUCUCCGCUCCUCAUUCUGUAAUCCUAUUAACCAGUUUGUUACUUUGAGCUUUACUGUGAUCUUCUUCCGAUUUGACUACAGAGACAUUUCAGAAAAUUUCUUGCUGGAUUUCUUCAUGAUGUCCAUUGUGUUUCAUAAGCUGUGGGACCUACUGCAGAAGUUGCAGUUCAUCAUGACUUACAUUGCUCCCUGGCAGAUUGCCUGGGGGUCAUCGUUCCAUGUUUUUGCCCAGCUCUUUGCAAUACCUCACUCUGCUAUGCUUUUUUUCCAAACUCUGGCCACUUCAGUCUUUUCUACACCGCUGAGUCCAUUUCUGGGUAGUGUCAUCUUCAUCGCGUCAUAUGCACGACCAAUCAAGUUCUGGGAGAAAAACUACAACACCAAAAGAUCGGACCAUUCCAACACCAGACUGGCAAUUCAGAUCGAAAAAGAUGGAGGAAAUGAUGACAAUAAUCUCAACUCCAUUUUUUAUGAGCAUUUGACAAGAUCUCUGCAGGAGUCUCUUUGUGGAGAUUUGAUCCUGGGCCGCUGGGGAAACUACAACACGGGAGACUGUUUUAUUCUGACAUCGGAUUAUUUAAAUGCCUUUGUGCACUUGAUCGAAAUUGGAAAUGGCCUUGUCACCUUUCAGCUCAGAGGGCUCGAAUUUCGAGGGACAUACUGCCAGCAGAGAGAGGUGGAAGCAAUAACAGAAGGAGACGAAGACAACGAAGGCUGCUGCUGUUGUAAGCCUGGGCACUUGCCUCACCUGCUGUCCUGUAAUGCAGCCUUUAACCUGCGCUGGCUGACGUGGGAGAUCACACGAACCCAGUACAUCCUGGAAGGGUACAGCAUCAUCGACAACAACGCCGCCACAAUGCUGCAAGUGUUCGACCUGCGCAGAAUCCUCAUCAGAUACUAUAUCAAGAGUAUAAUAUACUUUACAGCAAGUUCUCCCAAAAUCCUUGACUGGAUAAAAGACGAAUCCAUCCAAAAGAUACUGCAGCCUUACGCAAAGUGGCAUUAUAUUGAACGUGACCUUGCCAUGUUUAACGUUAACAUAGAUGAAGAUUAUGUUCCGUGUCUCCAAGGAAUAACAAGAGCUAGCUUCUGCAGUGUUUAUCUGGACUGGAUUCAGUUCUGUGCCAGGAAAAGGGUGGAGCACCUGGACAGCGAUGAGGAUUCUCCUCUAGUGACACUUUCCUUUGCCUUGUGCAUACUGGGUCGGAGAGCUUUGGGAACUGCAUCUCACAAUAUGGCCAUCAGCUUGGACUCUUUUCUUUAUGGGCUCCAUGCACUGUUUAAAGGAGACUUCCGGAUAGCAGCAAAAGACGAGUGGGUCUUUGCAGACAUGGAUCUGUUGCAUAAGGUUGUUGCCCCAGCAAUCCGAAUGUCUCUGAAGCUACACCAGGAUCAGUUCACGUGCCCAGAUGAGUACGAGGACCCAGCAGUUUUGUACGAAGCGAUCCAAUCCUUUGAAGAAAAGGUGGUGAUUUGUCAUGAAGGGGACCCAGCCUGGCGCAGCGCAGUCCUGUCCAACCGGGAGGAGCUGCUGACUCUGAGACACGUGGUAGAUGAAGGAGCAGAUGAAUAUAAAGUUAUCAUGCUCCACAAAAGCUACCUGAGCUUCAAGGUGAUCAAGGUCAACAAGGAGUGCGUCAGAGGGCUUUGGGCUGGCCAGCAGCAGGAACUGAUUUUCUUACGCAAUCGUAACCCGGAGAGAGGAAGCAUCCAGAACAAUAAACAGGUGUUGAGGAACUUAAUUAAUUCUUCAUGUGAUCAGCCAUUGGGAUAUCCAAUGUAUGUUUCCCCCUUAACCACCUCGUACCUCGGGACACACAGCCAACUGAGGAACAUUUGGGGGGGACCUGUCAGUUUGGACAACAUUAAAAAGUGGUUCAAAUCCAAGUGGUUAAGAAUGCGAAAGGACUGCCAUGCAGCAGCUCACCACGAGAGAGGCCAUGUUGAAGAGGUGGAUAGUGGAGGGGGGUCUUCAUCUAGCAACAAUUCCACAGGGAAUUCAAGCCAGAGCAGUAGCUCACAGCCCACCAGAGAUGGAACCCCUCAGCUGCAAACUUCAUCUCAAGAGGUCCACCAGCGGGCAGGCAGGAGAAAACCCAGGAGUCAGUCUGUCCAGGCACACACUGCUUUAAACCAAAGGCCCCCUGCUUCAAGUCACUCUGGACCAAUUGUAGAAAGCCGCCAGCCUUUCAUCCAAACAUCUACAUCUGCCCACGAAAUUGCCCAAAGGCUUUCUAGUAGUCAGCUAUCAUUCCACAACUCGGCAACAUCUGUGUUUUCUCAGUCCCCUGCUGUUCCUGUUGCUGGCCAGCUGACUGUGCAGGACCGAGCUGCAGCAAUGCUCAGGUCCAGCCUGGCCUCCUCCACCAGCUCAACUCUCAGCCUGCUGUUCGGCAAGAGAAGUUUUUCAAGUGCUUUGGUGAUUUCUGGGCUCUCGGCUGCAGACGGAGGCAACACGAGCGACACGCAGUCAUCCAGCAGUAUGAACAUUGCCAUGGGGCCAUCUGCCAGAGCAGCAAGCCAGGCAGCUCGGCAAGUCACUGAGACCUGCGAAGCCACAGAUGCUACAGAACCAAGACCGCAGCGGGAGACGGGUCCAGCCCAUGCACUGUUCAUAAGUCGGAACCUGGAGUGCAGAAGGGCCAGCCAAGAAGAUAUGGCCCUGGAAGACACUGCUUCUCAGCAGAGCCUGUCUGAGGAGCAGUAAGGAGCAUUCCUAGCACAAGGGCCACGCGCUUCUUAGCAUUAAAUACAGUUAGGUCAGAAAGCUGCACAUAGGUUUAGGUUCUUUCAAAUGUAAUAAGCAAUCUUCAAAUGUUUAUUUUUCUAACUUCUACAUGAGAAUAUUACAGGGCAGAUGUUCUUCAGCUAAUGGCUGUGGCAUCGGUAGGGUUGGAAGAUAUCCCAAAAAACACACAGUGCCACUUCAUCUCAGGUUCUUGUAAAUCCUAGAACAAUGAAUACAACCUGUUCAAUGUUCCUUCCCCUGGAAUGGUUAGAAUCACAAACGAAUACAGUAGGAAAUAUUAGUACAACUCAGUGAAAAGCACACAAAAGACAUCUCUUUCCUGCCAUAACUAAAAGCUGAUUGCAUGCAAACUAAUUGAAAUUUGGUAUAUAACAUAUAGCAAAAGGCAACUAAGAACAGAAGCAAUGAAUACAUAAAAGGAUAGUACAGUGUCCUGUAACAUUAGAGCUAAAUCUGUUUGGUUUUUUUCCAACAGCAAAUCUCAUUUUUAUUUGACAUGUAAUGCAGGUGCUAAUUUUGAAUAGCAACACAGCAUCUCAGACUGAUAAACUGCAUGCAGCCAUACUGAAAUACUGUGUGAACGAGCCACGCUACACCAAUUAACAAAAGUGUAAGAAAAGAAAGUAUCCAGUGCAUGGAAAGUCUUCAAAGCAUAUGGUGCACCUUAUUUGCAAAGCAGCUAUGCCUAAAUUAGGUAUUAUCUCGUGCUCCUGUUUGGUUUACAGCAGUGCUUCUCAAAUUCUAAAUAACAGUACCCUUAGAAGUUGCAAAAGGGCCAUGGGGAAUCCUCCUCAAGGACGGAAAAGUGCAAAGCAGGCUGUACUUACUGUCUGAAAGUGUUUGUAAAAGGAAAGGAACAGCUGAAUACCUUUAAUUGCUGGACACAGCUCACUGUCCAUAAAUACUUGUAGUCAGUAAUUACAAAGCCUUCUGAUUUCCCUCCCCAGAGAAAACUGAGCUGCUGCCAAUAAAGACAGAUGAUACAAAAAGGGAGGUCAUGCCUUCACAAGGUUUGGGAAACACUGAUUUACAGGAAUGCAUGACUACUUUGAAACCCAAAAGGCUCUAACAAAUCCAUCAUCUACUACAGAGUCUAAACAAACACGCGUGUCUUUUUUUUCCAAUUAAAAAAAAUUGCAGCUAUCAGUGUCUUGCUGUUCCUCUUUACUGUAACUACCAUAGAUUGUUUCUAAAUCUCAACACAAUGAUGUGCAGCCAGGCUUUGUCCCAAUUAACAAGAUUUAACAAGAGAUGCUGUAGCUAAGUCUCAUUACUGUUAGGCAAUACUCAGUUGCAUUCUGAGCUUCCUACUGUGCCACACUUCUGAUCUGAGUAGUAGAACUAAAUAAGACUGAGUGAAAAUAAAAUGAUUUAAGUAUGUUUUGUGCAGCGGCAGUUUCUGGGUCUUCUAUUUGCAAUUGUUUUCAC